CGGAGUGAACGAUGAGAGUGAAGCGGGAGAGUGCGCGGAACCCGCGUGCUGAGUGGGUAUAAAAACCCGAAAGAGUCGCGCGCGCCUCAGAUCCUUUGCGGAGCUCCAUUCGCGUGAGAGGGGGUGCGCUUCGUUUUCCUGCCGUUGUUUCGUCUGCUUCCGCGCGGCCGUUCGCUCUCUCGGAAUGAAGACCAAGUUCUGUAACGGCGGAGAGGCCGACCCUUCCCCGCUGGGAUUCCUGCUGGGAUGCAGCCCGGGCCCCGUCCUGCCCGCCCUCCCCCAGGCGCCCUCGUCCGCACCGCCGCUGCCCUCCUCUCACGCCGAGAUAGAGGCCAAGGAACUGGGGCUCCGGGGGCAGCAGCAGCAGCAGCACCAGCCUCUUGCUCUGCCGCCGCCCACCCCGCCCUCCGCGCCGCUGGAGGAGCAGCAGCCCGACCCCCGCACCCGCCGCAAGGCGUAUCUGUGGUGCAAGGAGUUCCUGCCAGGGGCGUGGCGGGGGCUGCGGGAGGACCAGCUGCACAUCACGCCCAUCAGAGGUGGCCUCAGCAACAUGCUAUUCCAGUGCUCGUUACCUGAUACUAUAGAAACCAUUAGUGAUGAACCACGCACAGUUCUUCUUCGUUUAUAUGGUGCAAUUCUGCAAAUGAGGUCCUGUAAUAAAGGAGGCUCUGGGCAGGCUCAGAAGGAAAAUGACUUACAGGGUGCAGAAGCCGUUGUCCUUGAGAGUGUUAUGUUUGCCAUUCUUGCAGAGAGAUCUCUUGGACCAAAACUCUAUGGAAUCUUUCCACAAGGCCGACUGGAGGAAUUUAUUCCUAGCAGGAAGCUGAACACUGAGGAACUAGGCUUGCCUGAUAUAUCAGCAGAAAUAGCUGAGAAGAUGGCUAGAUUUCAUGGUAUGAAAAUGCCAUUUAAUAAAGAACCAAAGUGGCUGUUUGGAACCAUAGAGAAGUACUUAAAUCAAGUGAUGAGAAUCAAGUUUACCAGGGAGUCACGAGUUAGAAAACUGAACAAGAUCCUGAGUUACAACCUGCCUCAAGAAAUGAAAAGCCUGCGGUCCUUACUUGAAGGUACUCCAUCUCCAGUUGUGUUUUGCCAUAAUGAUUGUCAAGAAGGAAAUAUCUUACUGCUUGAAGGUAGAGAAGAUUCUGAAAAACAAAAACUAAUGCUUAUUGACUUUGAAUACAGCAGCUACAAUUAUAGGGGCUUUGACAUUGGAAAUCACUUCUGUGAAUGGAUGUAUGAUUACGUCUAUGAAAAAUAUCCAUUCUUCAAGGCAAACUUCCUGAAGUAUCCAUCAAAGAAGCAGCAGCUCCACUUCAUCUCGAGUUACCUAGCCGCAUCUCAAAAUGGGUUUGAAAAUCUGAGCAACGAAGACAAGUCCAAAAUAGAAGAUGAAAUGUUAAUUGAAGUCAACAGGUUUGCCCUUGCAUCUCAUUUCUUAUGGGGUCUGUGGUCCAUCAUACAGGCAAAGAUAUCAUCUAUUGAGUUUGGAUACAUGGACUAUGCACUGUCACGAUUCGACGCCUACUUUGACCAGAAGAGGAAAUUCAAAGUGUGAAGGCUGAAGACAGGACAAUCAGUGUGUGUACUGUAUGAGGAAGGCAGCUGGGCAGAAAUUCCACUGUGCUUAGGCUACUGUAGUGUAAUGAAGGUUUUGCAAAUUCCAACUACUCGGAUGCAAUGCUGAAGACUGCACAAAAUGGCUAGGUUUACUUUUUUUUACAGUUUCUUAAGUCUCUGGAAUGAGAAUUGACAGCUGGAGUAUAAUGUAACAGUGCAAUAUGAAGCUUUUUAAUAUAGACGGUAUUAUGAGGGAAGCUUUCAGUUUUAAUGUGAACCAUCCCACGCUUGAAGAGCAAACAGUGUUAAUUGUGGGAACCUAUUUUUUAACGAGGGCAUUUUAUUGAUUACUGCUAACGCGUUGUAUAUGCUACCAGUUAAUGGGAAAACCAUAGAUGGGUUUUGGGAGAAUUGAUAUACUGUGAAGCUUGGCUGAAAACCUGUUUGUGAGCUGCUAUUCUCAGAGGGUAUGUCAAGCAGUCAUCUCCAGAAAUCAACUAACACUAAUACAUAAUAGUUAAAAGGUAAGACAGGAGCCCUCAGAAUCUGGCUUCUGUUCUGUGUAGACGAAGGUAGCUUUCACUUACUGAUACCUUGAUAAAAUAAGUUAAUGCAGAGAAAUCUCAAACUGGGAAUGUAAGAGUUGCCUUCCCUGCUAGCUCAUUCCACAUCUUUGACCAAGGAUGUGUGUUGACUGCCCAGCAACAAUUCUGCAGUAUUGCAUUGCUUUUGUACAGAGGUUCACUGAGCUGGUAGCACUGUGAUUGAGUGCCUUCAAUUCCUCUAGCAGGCUCUCUUUGACUUGAAGGUAAAAAAGAGGGGUGAAUAAAAUGGGGAGUGUGCAAGGAAUACAUUUGACCAAUUGUGGCAUGCUGGUGCCUUGUAGGGGGCGCACUUCUCCUUUUUAAAACCCCUGACUUGCAGCUUGUUCUGCCAGAUAAGUAGAUGCCUCUUGUGCAAAAAAUGGAAAUAUGUGAACUCUGCAACAAGUGCUUAUGUUCUUUUAAGAGCUUCUAGAAAAUGUAUUCUUUGACCAUUCUUAUUUGACUUGUGCUUUCUGCUAACAUGUAUUAUAUAAAUAAAUUUUUUAAAGUCUUCA